AUGACUUCGUUGCUCAAGUUCCGCGAAAUUUUCAAACAUACGCAUUGUGCUGUGAUUGGCAUGAUACAUGUGCAAGCAUUGCCAGGUUCGGCGGUGCACCUUUCAACAAAAUGAAAUGCAAGGAGAUAGUGGACGCAGCUUGUGAAGAAGCAGCAAUGUACAAGAAAUGCGGUGUUGUCAUUUCUCAAGAAUAUUUGGUGUCAGAUUUAAAAACUUGUCUAUGCCGAUCUCCAAAAUUACUCAAAUCUGGACGCUGAUUGUGAAAUAUAACUUUUGUUUCAUGGUUAUGCGUCACAACAUGGAUGGUGUCCUCGUUGAAAACAUGUUCGACCUUCCUUAUGUGAAACCGAAUCAGGCUGGACCAGAAUUGAAUGCCUUCAUGGCACGUGUCUGCACAGAAGUAAAAAAGAUACUUCCUUCUUUGCCCUGUGGUGUACAAAUACUUGCUGGAAAUAAUAAAAGUGCAUUAGCUGUUGCAGCAGCCACAGGUUUCCAGUUCGUGCGUGCUGAAGGCUUCGUGUUUGGGCACGUGGCAGAUGAAGGUAUUAUGGAAUCCUGUGCCAGCGAGCUAUUGCGCUACAGACGCAUUAUUGAUGCUGAGGACAUUCUUGUGUUUGCAGACAUAAAGAAAAAACACUGUUCACAUGCAAUCACAAGUGAUGUCAGCAUCCUGGAAACAAUGAAAGCAGCCGAAUUCUUUCAGUGUGAUGGCAUCAUCCUGACUGGAGGUGCAACAGGCCUUCCACCCAGUACCACUGAACUGCAAGAGGUGAAAGCAGAAGCAACAGUGCCCGUGCUACUUGGAUCAGGAAUCACAGAGAACAACGUUCAAGAUUUUUUUGCAGCAGAUGCAGUGAUUGUAGGAUCAUCAUUUAAACAUGGAAAUAUCUGGAGCGGUGCACUGAAUGCUCUACAGGUGGAGGCAUUCAUGGAAAAGGUGCACACACUACGUCAAACAUUAUCAUAUUCAUCUUGACUCUGUAAUACAAAAGAAAUAAUGACAGCUCUGAACUGGAAUGUGGCAUAAAUAAAUGUUUUAAUUUUUUCCUUCUUCCCAUCUUUGUCAGGAUGCAUCUAAACAUAGUAAUAGACUAUUGGAAUAUUGGCCAUCAAUUUAUAAAUAACAGUUAUACAGUUUUCAUGGUUAACUUUUGUUUCAUCGUACAAUAUUUUUAUCUCUGGUAUUUUCAAUAUAAAGUGCAGAAACUAUAAAA